GGAGGGAAGAAGAUAGGGAAGCAUGCACACUAUCUCUACAGAAGAAGCAAAACUCAUGCAUCUUCAGUUGCUCAAGCACUUGAAUGCAUCAAACCAUGACAAAUAGGCUCUGUCAAAUGAAUAUCCCAAUGAUUCAGCUGCUUCUGCUGCUGUUCCUGUUCCUUGGACCAUUUUGUUCACCUGCACCACGACUCUCGAAAAAGGAGGAAUGCCUCUUAGAAAACAGCAAACUACAGAAGAAGUUGAAAAUGCUUCAAGAUUUAUUCCAGUUAUGCGAAUUUCAGUUGAAAGACUUGCUGGGGAACAAUUAUCACAGAAGAAAAAGCAUAGUUUUCUCUGCCAGGAAGAUGGUACCUCUGGAUAUAUUUUUGCCCAUAACUAGUGGAAGUCUCUUAGUCUAUGAUCAAGAUUGUGCAAUGCUGUUUAACAGAGGAAAAAGAGAAAGUGGGUACUAUAGAAUUAAACCACGACAGGACAGAGAACCUUUUCUUGUGUACUGUGAUAUGUCAGAUGGAGGUGGUUGGACAGUAAUUCAACGGCGGUGCAACGGCAAAGAAAAUUUCUACCGAGAAUGGCUCGAUUACAAAGAAGGAUUUGGACAAUUACAGGGCAAGAAUGAUGAAUAUUGGCUUGGUAAUGAUAAAAUUUAUGAUCUUCUUUUCAAUGGAGGAAUUUCACUGAAAAUUGAUCUAAUGGACUGGCAUGGAGAGAGAAGAUAUGCAAUUUAUGAUGACUUCCAGAUCAGGAAUGAGACAAACAAUUACAGGCUAUGGUUUGGCAUUUAUUCCGGGACUGCCGGGAAUGCUUUGUCUGGGGGGAGCAACUUUGAGAGCCAAUGGUCUGCAUCACUCAACGGCAUGCCCUUCUCUGCUCCUGAUCGGGACCAUGACAGGUUCCUAACAGGAAACUGCGCAGAAGAGAACAAAUGCGGCUGGUGGUUUAACAGGUGCCAUGCAGCAAAUCUUAAUGGACGAUAUUACAAGAAAGGGACAUACUCCGGUCCCUUUGAUAAUGGAGUGGUUUGGUCAACCUGGCGAGGCCUAUGGUAUUCCCUGAAAUAUACAGCUAUGAAAAUCAGGUUCCAGUCCUUUCUGGAUGGAGAGAGUGGAAAUGGUGAAAUCAACUGAGAUUUUUUUUUAAAUGCACGUUUGAGAAAGAGAAGCAGGCAUGCCAAAAUUACUGUAUAUGUGGUCCUUGGCUUGAGACUUAGCAUACUAAAAAAAAUCUUACAGUAAGGAGCAUGGUACAAUAAGGAGCAAAAUUAGAGUUUGCUUUGGUUUGCCAAUCAUUGUAUUAUCCGUGUAUACCAGCUGACAAUUAAAAAGACGGCUUUUCAUAUAUACAGAAUCUGCCCUCAAAAAUGGGCCUGGAGGAAAAAAAAGCCGCUCUACUUUGUUGAAGGCACAAAGGACAAUCCUGCUUAUUAUUUAUCUUUCCUUUACAAAAAGUAUUCAGUUGUUGAAUUCCCGCUUUCCAUAAACUGAUACUUUUAAAUUUGUUUUUGGAAUUCAUUUUGUUCCCCCUCUUCCAAAAAUUAACCACCCUUCAGGGAAAUGUAGAAAAAGAAAACGUUGUAUGUCAUUGGGAAGAAAGGGUUUUAUGGUACAUAAAGAGAGAAUGAAAUCAGUUUCAUGUGAAUCCCAUCAGAGACUUUCUAAGGAAAGGAAUGGGUUUCUGACUGCUGUAAGAUUGAAUGAAUGUUAGAUUGGGAAGGCAGGUUUACCUGGAAUCUCCUUGUCCUUUUUAAAUUUGUAUUUUCAAAACUGAUGACUUUCUUAAAUUUGAAAAAAGGAAAGAAAAGUGAAAAUCUUGACAGCUGCCUAAUUAAGUAUACAGCUAGAUGUGCAUUUUCACAAGAGUUUUUUUUAAUUAUUCUCAAUAAGCACCAUAUGUUAAAAGCUGUCACUUUUCAAUUUAUAAUGUUUGAAAUAUUACAAAUCCAUGAUGGGCUAAGUGUAGCUUUGGGAUGGAUGAUCCCAAAGUUUUGGGAUGGAUGUUCUCUCAGCUUUCUGGUAAAAUGUGAACUAUUAUAUUAAUUCCUAAUGUGUGAGAAAUUAUCUAGUACAUUUACAUCAGCAAUAUUUAAUGCAAUUAAACCAGCAGCAAUUGCAAAAAGACAUAAUUACAAUUAUAUCAUUGUCUUUCAAACAGCAUAAAAAUAAACAUUAGUUCAUUGUU